AUGCUGAGUGACGGACAGAGAAUCGGGGUGGGGCUUUGUCUCUUGGGACUCAGCUUGGGAUUUGUUGGCGUGCUGUGCUUUCUGGAUCGGGCCUUGCUAACCCUUGGAAACUUAGCGUUUAUGUCGGGUAUUGGAUUGGUACUCGGCGCCAAGAAAACGCUUCGAUUUUUUGUCUUGAAGCCCCAUAAGUGGAAAGCUUCUCUUCUGUAUAUCCUUGGAGUUCUGAUGAUCGCGUUGGGCUAUGCUCUAAUCGGGCUACCUCUGCAACUGUAUGGCCUCCUGCGUCUCUUUGCCUCGUUCCUUCCACAAGUUCUGGGGGCUGUGCGUCUUUCACCCAUUGGAUGUUGGGUAUUACAGCUCCCUGGAUUCAAACAAUGCACAAAGUGGGUGCUUGAUGGAGACAAACAACUCCCUCUUUGA